GACAUUGUCUCUCCUUUACCGCUACUCUCACAUCCUUCUGCUCCUGAUCCUCCUUGAUCCACCGGGACCUUCUUCAACCUGAAACACCGCCUUGCCUGGACUGGACCGGACUACAUUCCUCACGCCCCACGUCUAAACCCCGCCUUAUCUCUCUCUCCGACCGGACUUGGGACUUCGAACGCCUUCUUGGUCUCCAACUAAAACGUAUAUAUACAACUUGGCAACUAACAACCAAUUACCACGAAACCCCCAACGCCAACGAUCAAUAGACAACCUCUUUGUCAAUACACAUUCACACUCUCUCAGAGUCUCUCUUCGUCUCAAUAAAUUCAACGAGAAACUUUAUCCAAAUCAAGAUGGGCGUUCCUACCAAGCGUGUCGAUUUGUGGCAACCGUACAUGAACCUGCCCCAGGGUGGCAAGGUCAUGGCCGAGUACAUCUGGAUUGAUGGUACCGGUGGAAUGCGAUGCAAGACCAUGACCCUCCCCGGCAAGGUCUCGGAUGUCAAGGAAUUGAAGGAGUGGAACUUCGAUGGAUCUUCCACCAAGCAGGCUCCCGGUCACGAUUCCGAUGUCUUUUUGAGGCCCUGUGCCAUCUUCCCGGAUCCUUUCCGUGGAGGAGACAACAUCUUGGUCCUCUGUGCCUGUUACUUCCCCGACGGUACCCCCGCCACCAACAACCACAGGCACUUGUGUGAGAAGAACAUGAACUUGGCCAAGCAGCACGAGCCCUGGUUCGGUCUCGAGCAAGAAUACACCUUGUUCGACUCUGACGGUCAACCGUACGGUUGGCCCAAGGGUGGGUUCCCCGCCCCCCAGGGUCCUUACUACUGCGGAGUCGGAACCGGCAAGGUCUUUGCCCGUGAUUUCAUCGAGGCUCACUACCGCGCUUGUCUCUACGCUGGGAUCAAGAUUUCGGGUAUCAAUGCCGAGGUCAUGCCCGCUCAGUGGGAGUUCCAGGUCGGACCCUGCGAGGGUAUCGAGAUGGGUGACCACCUCUGGAUGGCUAGGUUCCUCUUGUUGAGGAUCGGUGAGGAGUGGGGUAUCACCCCCUCGUUCCACCCCAAGCCCUUGACCGAGGGAGAGUGGAACGGUGCCGGUUGCCACACCAACUACUCUACCAACGAGACCAGGGCCGAGGGCGGUAUCAAGGCCAUCCACGAGUACAUCGAGAAGCUCUCCAAGAGGCACUUGCAGCACAUCGAGGUGUAUGGCGAGGACAACGAGAAGCGUCUUACCGGAAAGCACGAGACCGCCAGCGCUACGACAUUUACCGCCGGUGUUUCGGAUCGUGGCGCUUCGAUCCGAAUUCCUCGAUCGGUUGAUAUCGAGGGCAAGGGAUACCUCGAAGAUCGUCGUCCCGCUUCCAACAUCGACCCUUACAGGGUCUGCUCGGUCAUGGUCGAGACUACCCUUAUUCUUUAAGCGGUGGACUCCCUCUCUUGGGUCACCUGACUGGUUCGAACUGGCGGUCGCUCGCAUUUGAGUCGAUCCGUUCGAUCACGGUCUCUUGACCCUUCCGACCUCGAUGCAUCAUCGUCUUUCCUUUCAUUUCUCUCUCUCUACAUCCUUGUGAAUCUAUCCAACCUCUUGUUUCAUUAGUAUCCAUAUAUCACACAAACAAAUCGAUCGAAUGACAUGCCUUGAACGUCGUC